AUGAAAGAACACAUCGACAAGGCCACAUUUGACCAGAUCCUGGAGAUGGACGACGACCCCGAUGAUAGGGACUUCAGCAUGGGAAUUGUCGUUGGCUUCUUUGAACAAGCUGAGGGCACCUUUAAGAAGAUGGAAAAAGCUCUAGAGAAGAAAGACCUCAAAGAGCUGUCUUCACUGGGACAUUUCUUGAAAGGCUCGUCAGCUACUCUGGGACUGACUAAGGUCAAGGAUGCAUGUGAGGAGAUCCAGAACUACGGUGCCGGGAAGGAUAAGACGGGUACCAACCCCAUAACGGAAGAGGAUUCUCUGAAGAAGAUUGACGAGAGCCUGGCGACGUGCCAGGCGGAUUACAAAGUAGUAGAGAAAUCCCUCCGCAAAUUUUUCGGCGUCGAAAACGACAGCGAGAAGAACGUCGACAAGUAG